UGCGCGGGCGGGCAAACGGACGGCUCCGCCCAGCCGCGGGCUCUUUUCCUCCACCCCACUACCCCCGCCUUCGCGGCGCGCGCUUCCUCGCCCUCCCCACCUUUAGCGAUACCAACGAGAGGACACCGCCUGCAUCUAGAGCAGCCCGGCCAGGAGCGAACCCGAGUGGCGCGCAAACGUGCGAGGAAACCCGUGCGCGGCUGCGCUUUCCUGCCCCAAGCCGUUCUAGACGCGGCCGGGAGUAGGAUCACCAUCAGGAAGAAUUCUGGCACAUACGCCAUAAUUGAGCAAAGAGACGUAUGUGAAUCAUAUAUUGGCCAGAAAUAAUGAAAACUGCGUGACAUGAAAUACAAAAAUCCUGUAUAAAUUAAUUUUAGAGCACACCUGAUAAUUCUUAUUUUUUCUUUCCCUUUUUUUUUUUUUUUUUUUUUUUUUGAGACAGUAUGUCGCUCUUGUCGCCCAGGCUGGAGUCCAGUGGCACAAUCUUGGCGCACUGUAACCUCUGCCUCCCGGAUACAAGCAAUUCUCCUGCCUUAGCCUCCUGAGUAGCUGGGAUUACAGGCGCCUGCCACCACGCCCAGCUAAUUAUUGUACUUUUAGUAGAGACGGGGUUUUGCCAUGUUGGCCGGGAUGGUCUGGAAUUCCAGACCUCAGGUGAUCUGCCCACCUCGGCCUCCCAAAGUGUUGGUAUUAUAGGCGUGAGCCACCGCACCCGGCCAAUUCUAUUAUGCAGAGCUUUUUUUCUGACAUUUCUCUUACUUCUUGGAACUGUGUUUAUUGACAUCUGUGAGUGACACAGGAAAGCCUUUUUGCCUUUUGCCCCACCCACCGCUCAGAAAUUAGUUCUGCCGAGCUAUUCCACACAUUGUCCUUCUUGUAGAAGUCAAAAUCCCAUUUUCUCUAGAGGAAAACCAUAGAAAUUGGUUUCCUUGUAGCAAUAUGGUGCUGCUGGGUGCAAAACAUCAGUGGUCAACAGAUCCCACUUUUCUUUCCAUUUGUAUGAGAACAAGGAUAUUCAGUAACCCCUUUAUUAAACUCUAAUAUGGUAGAAGCACUAUGGCAAUUGUUAUUCUGCAAUGAAAAAAACAUUAAACUGAUAUCGAGAAAUGUGGUUUCUAGUCCACUUCUACCACUGUCUAGCAGUGUGACUGAGUCAGUUAUUUAACCUCUGUGGACUUCCAUUUCCCUCUCUGUAAAAUGAGAAAAGUGACUGACAUUGGGUAGUUUUCUAAGGCUCCUUUCAACUUUAAGAGACAAUGUCAAAAUCUAAGUAGCUCAAAUAUAUAUAUAUAUGAGGUGGAGUUUUGCUCUUGUCACCCAGGCUGGAGUGCAAUGGCGUGAUCUUGGCUCAGUGCAACCUCUGCCUCCGAAGUUCAAGUGAUUCUCCUGCCUCAGCCUCCUGAGUAGCUGGGAUUAUAGGCGUGUGCCACCAUGCCCAGCUAGUUUUUGUAUUUUUAGUAGAGAUGGGGUUUCACCAUGUUGGUCAGGCUGGUCUCAAACUCCUGACCUUGUGAUUUGCCCAUUUUGGUCUCCCAAAGUGCUGGGAUUAUAGGUAUGAGCCACCACACCCGGCCAAAGUCCAUUAUAUUUUUAGAGGUAUUUAAAUAAUGCAAGCUUGUGAUGUGAAAUUAUUUAAAGAGAAUGGUGGAUGGAUAACCUCUGUAACACUGGUUUCAAGGAUUAAUUAAACCCCCUUAGAUGAAGUACAAAACAAAUUCUCCACAGAGGAGUUGUUGCAAAGUUCCAGUUUAUACCAAACAGUAAUCAGAUAUCAUUGGAAGCUAAAGAUCCUGAGAGACUUUGAUAUUAUAUGCAACUAACUUGAUUUCAAGCUUGGGAACCUUUUCUUUUAAGAAAAAAAAAAAACAUCAAGAGCAAAAUGAAAAAUGCUUUCGGAAAGCAGCUCCUUUUUGAAGGGUGUGAUGCUUGGAAGCAUUUUCUGUGCUUUGAUCACUAUGCUAGGACACGUUAGGAUUGGUCAUGGAAAUAGAAUGCACCACCAUGAGCAUCAUCACCUACAAGCUCCUAACAAAGAAGAUAUCUUGAAAAUUUCAGAGGAUGAGCGCAUGGAGCUCAGUAAGAGCUUCCGAGUAUACUGUAUUAUCCUUGUAAAACCUAAAGAUGUGAGUCUUUGGGCUGCAGUAAAGGAGACUUGGACCAAACACUGUGACAAAGCAGAGUUCUUCAGUUCUGAACAUGUUAAAGUGUUUGAGUCAAUUAAUAUGGACACAAAUGACAUGUGGUUAAUGAUGAGAAAAGCUUACAAAUAUGCCUUUGAUAAGUAUAGAGACCAAUACAACUGGUUUUUCCUUGCUCGCCCCACUACAUUUGCUAUCAUUGAAAACCUAAAGUAUUUUUUGUUAAAAAAGGAUCCUUCACAGCCUUUCUAUCUAGGCCACACUGUAAAAUCUGGAGACCUUGAAUAUGUGGGAAUGGAAGGAGGAAUUGUCUUAAGUAUAGAAUCAAUGAAAAGACUUAACAGCCUUCUCAAUAUCCCUGAAAAGUGUCCUGAACAGGGAGGGAUGAUUUGGAAGAUAUCUGAAGAUAAGCAGCUAGCUGUUUGCCUGAAAUAUGCUGGAGUGUAUGCAGAAAAUGCAGAAGAUGCUGAUGGAAAAGAUGUAUUUAAUACCAAAUCUGUUGGGCUUUCUAUUAAAGAGGCAAUGACUUAUCACCCCAACCAGGUAGUAGAAGGCUGUUGUUCAGAUAUGGCUGUGACUUUUAAUGGACUGACUCCAAACCAGAUGCAUGUGAUGAUGUAUGGGGUAUACCGUCUUAGGGCAUUUGGGCAUAUUUUCAAUGAUGCAUUCGUUUUCUUACCUCCAAACGGUUCUGAAAAUGACUGAGAAAUAGUAGAAAAGCAUGAAUAUUAUCACUGUAUAGGACAUGUGUUGUCAUUAUUUGUAGUAGUAACUACAUAUCUAAUACAGCUGUAUGUUUCUUUUCUAAUUUGGUGGCACUGGUAUGAUCACACAUUAAAGUUAGUACAUUUUUAAUGGGGGUGUUUUUUUUUCUUUAAAACACAUGAAUAUUGUAAAUGUGUUGGAAAGAAAAGUUUUAAGAAUAAUUUGCAAAUAAAGGAUAUAUUAAUAAAUAUAUGUGAUAAAUUCUAAAUUAUGAACUUUAGAAAUUGUGGCACAUAUUUUUGCUGAUUGGUUAAAAAAUUUUAACAGGUCUAUAGCAUUCUAAGGUAUGCAAAUGAUGUCUCUAGUUGUGAAUUUGUCAUUAAAAUAAAACUUUUAGCUGUGUGUUACCUUUA